AUGGCACAGCAGCGGGCACAGGUACAGCCGUGCCGGUAUAAGACGGGCAAGACACUGGGUGCAGGCUCCUACAGUGUGGUAAAGGAGUGUGUGCACAUCGAUACGGGGCGAUACUAUGCCGCGAAAGUCAUCAACAAGCGGCUCAUGGCGGGACGAGAACACAUGGUGCGGAAUGAGAUUGCGGUAUUGAAGAGGGUCUCGAUGGGUCACCAGAACAUCCUCACACUGGUUGAUUACUUCGAGACGAUGAACAAUCGUGAGAUGUCCCGCGUGCACACAUUCACACGCAGCUGAUACGUGAAAGUCUAUCUCGUCACUGAUCUCGCUCUCGGCGGUGAGCUCUUCGACCGCAUCUGCCGCAAAGGCUCAUACUAUGAAUCGGACGCCGCAGAUCUCAUUCGGGCCACUCUCUCAGCCGUAGCAUACCUCCAUGACCACGGCAUUGUCCACAGAGACUUGAAGCCUGAGAACCUCCUCUUUCGAACGCCCGAAGACAAUGCUGAUCUUCUCAUCGCCGACUUUGGGCUCUCCCGAAUUAUGGAUGAAGAGCAGUUUCAUGUGUUAACAACAACGUGUGGUACGCCAGGCUACAUGGCGCCAGAAAUCUUCAAGAAGAGUGGACACGGCAAGCCGGUAGAUGUGUGGGCGAUUGGAGUCAUCACAUACUUCUUGCUCUGCGGGUACACGCCAUUCGACAGAGACAGCAAUCUGGAAGAGAUGCAGGCUAUCUUGGUAGCCGAUUACAGCUUCACUCCUCUCGAAUACUGGCGUGGAGUCAGCCUUACAGCAAGACAAUUCAUCAAGAGAUGUCUUACCAUUGACCCGACAAAGCGAAUGACUGCGCACGAAGCGCUCAUGCAUGAAUGGAUUGCUGGUCCUGAGAGUGGAAGAGGCGAAGAGGAUCUUCUACCGACCGUCAAGAAGAAUUUCAACGCUCGGAGAACACUGCACAAAGCCAUUGACACCGUUCGAGCAAUCAAUCAGCUGCGAGCUGGUGGCAUGGGCAUGAUGGAUGGUGCGGCAUCUGUGAAUCCAGACCGUAUGAAGCCAAAGGAUGAGGACGUCGACAUGAGAGAUGCGUCUGGUCCUACCGCUGUCCAGCCGGUCGAUAGUAUGGACCCGAGAAGCAACGGCAAGGGACAGACGCAACAGCAGAUCGAGGAGCAGCAGCGAAGACAACAACAAACCAUUGCUGGUCUCUGGCAAAGCAAACAGCAAGGUCAAGCUGCGUCAUGA